GGAUGAAUGAAAAAGUUAAAGUUUUAGAGCAGUCCAUUCAAAAUAAAAGUAAACUCUAACUAGACCAAAAGGACAUGUGUGAUGCAGCUAGAGAUGCACACUAAGAGAGAAAUUUGCUUCCUAUGUUGGAUUUGACCUUCAUUUUCCGGAUGAAUGACCUGGUUGAUGUUUUUGAAGCAGAUUCAUUCUAAAGUAACUAUAAAUAAGCGCUAGCUGGACCAAACUUACAGAUGAUUCUUCUGUGGACGGUUCCAAGCUAAGACUUGCUUCUAAUUCAGGAUCUGACCUACAUUUUCCGGAUGAUUGACCAGAGGUUUAUUCGCAGGUUACUGUAAGCAGCUGUAAUUCAUCACUAGUACAGAUCACAAUACGCAUGAAAAAUGGCUUAUGAAUGCGAAGGAAACAAUGAAGAACUUUCACCAAGUAAGCGUGACCAUGAUCCAGUUAAUGUUCCUGAGCAAGAUGGCGCCACGGAUGUUGAUCCCGAGGUUAGACAAAACCCAACAGAUCACGGUUAUGCUUGGGUUAUACUUGCAGCCUCGAUGGUUGCGACCUUCAUAAUUACCGGAACAUUCCGAGCGUUUGGGGUAUUGUAUGUUGAACUUAUUCUUACGUUUAAUAGCAACGCAACAAUGGCAUCCUUAGUGCAGGGGCUACUGAUCUUCACCUCAAGUACUGGGUCGGUUCUGGUUCUUGUCUUCGGUCUGCGCCGGUUCUCUCCACGGUUUUGGGUUGUAUUAGGAGGUUUCUUCUAUUUCUUUGGCUUUCUGACCAGUAGCUAUGCAGUGUCGAUAGAGUUUCUUCUCUUCAGCUAUAGUUGUUUGACUGGAUUUGGAAUGGCGUUUUCGUUUUCGUCCAUAGUUGUCACUGUAGGAAAUUAUUUCGAUAAGAAACGAGGGUUUGCGAAUGGCUUAAUGAUGGCAAGUGGAAGCCUUGGAAGUUUGGUGUUUGCGCCAUUUUUACGUCUGCUGCUGGAUGAAUACUCCGUAAGAGGUUCUCUUUUGAUUGUGGCAGCCAUAUCUACCCACAUCAUUGCUUGUGGAGCCUUACUGCGCCCGCCAUCGUUUGCUACCAGAAUUAACGACAAAUGCCGUGCAAUGAUAGCCCAGAAUGCACACAAAGAAGAAAAAGGCAAGUUAAUACUUAAUAGAGACAAUGUUUGCAGAACAAAUAAACCUCUCUUUUCAUCAGAUCCAAGUUUAUUUCUUCAAAAUGGAAUGUUUAAACCAUUCGAGCCCCAAACAAAAAGCAUUAGUACCGAAAUGAUACAUAAAACUAAACAUUUUGAUCUAAAUUCUGAGAUCAAAGACAAAAAAGUUGUGAAAAUAAAUAAAGAGCAGUUCUUCAAUUUCAAGAUAUUGAAAAACGCCUCGUUCUUGCGACUUUUAUUCGCUUACACAGUGGGAUCCAUUGGUACAAGCCUUCCACAGAAUUAUUUACCGGCGCUGGCUAUGGAAGAGGGAACGGAAGCGACGAAUGCCGCACUGCUGAUCACCGUUAGUAGCUUUUUCGACCUACUCGGGCGCAUUAUGAUUGGAUAUGUUUCGGACAAGAGACUGGUCAGACGUUCUUACUUAAUAGCAGUCAGCAUGGCUCUCAGUGGUGUUGUUCAGUGUUUGUCUCCCUUUUAUAAAGACUACUGGAACCUUGUUUUAUUCAGUGCGUUCUAUGGAUUCUUUUCUAACUUUAUUUCUGCCUUGUAUUCCGCCACGUUGCUAGAUAUCCUUGGACUUGAUGACUUCCGGAGCGCCCUUAGUGUGAUGUAUUCUGGGUAUGGUAUUAUGAGCGGUGCAGCAGCUCCAUUCAUUGGUGACCUAAGGGACAAGACGGGGACCUAUGUGACCUGUUUCUAUUUAUUCGGGGCCGCUCACAUCCUCUCCUCUAUUGUGUUAUUUACUGAGUGUGUUUCCUGUUCAUGAUGUACUGUUAUGUUACAAUAUUUAGUUUUUAAUUCUACUGAUCACAGACCAUAAGAGACUUGUGCAUUUGUAAAUCCAGUGUCUUCUUGACACUUGUUCGAAAUCUUACUACUCCUACAUGUUAUUUUUGCUGACUUGGCAUAUGUAGACAAUGGCACACACUAUCCCUUUUAGUUUGACAUGGUCGUUAUCAGAGUGAAAUGAAACAUGAAGCUAACAAACAGUAAUAAUGUCCAAAAGUCAAAUUAAGCAAUACAAACGGUAAGCAGAGCAAGCACGGACCUCUGAAAACAGAAGUAGGAUCAGGUGCCCCGGAGGAAUGAGCAUCCCCUGUCGACUGGUCAUACCCAGGAUCCUAUUUAAGCCGAGACCAGGGCCUGGAGACACCUUGUGUCCCCCAAGCAAUAAUCCACACACAUAUAUUUGUGAUAUUUAAAGGAAGAAAGGCUCUUUUGGAGCAAUGUAAAAUGAAUAACUAAAUUUUAGUCAGUACACAUGUACUUAGUAUUUACUUGCCACAUACUUCAUGGUAUGAGAAGACCCACGAAUUCAUAUUCUCCACAAAAUAUAAAAUUUCAAAUACUAGUGCAUAAAAUUUUUUAACCACGAAUUCAAAUCCCCAAGAACUAGUUUUUUUUCCUCUUACCACGAAAAUUUGACCCCACGAAAACUUGUGAUUUUACAGUAAUCUACCAACAUUUAUGUCUAUUCUUAUCUUUUCUGACCCCUUCACAUGACAAAGAUGACCAACAACAUAAUUUCUGUGGAUGUGUAGCAUAACCAGAAUUUGUUCUGCGUCUUUAUGUUUCAAUUCACCAUUUUCCCACCAAAGAUUGGUAGCCCAAGAUGAAUCCUGGGUUCAGCACUUCAACCCUGAAUAAAAAAUUCAAAGCAA